AUGCAUGAUGUUAAGAAAGACAUUGUGACUCUUAAGGAAGUAAACGAAGAACAUCAGAAGAGAAUUUCAGAGUUGGAAGAAAGAGUGAAUGAAGCUGAAAGAUACCAACGAAGAUGGAAUCUAAGGCUUUACGGUCUAGCAGAGCAAGAAGGAGAGAAUGUCAAACAACGAGUGAUUGACAUAUGCCGCGCCGUGGUACCGGAGGCUGCAGAUAACUUUCCUCAUCACAUUGAAGUUGUUCAUCGCGUCGGGAGGAAAAGCGCCGAGAAGGUUCGACCGGUCAUCUUGAGGUUUACGGCGAGAUCAGCCAAGGAGCUCCUGUGGAAGAGUGCGAAGGGAUCAGAGUAUCUUCAGUCCAGAAAGUUAAGAUUUGGAGAGGACCUAACAACGAAAGACAAAGACAGAAUUCUUGUCACAUCAGACCGAAAUGCUUUCAGAGAUGUAUAUUUUGGCAGUGUGUCUGUGUAUGCAUGUCUUCCCUGGCAACCAAAUCCUUGUCACCACAGGUUUUUAGCCUCAGCCUCAUUUUUUUGCUGUUGUGUUUGUUCUCAGUAUGGAAUCGUCCUGGACGCUGGAUCCUCUCAUACGGCCAUGUUCAUCUACAAAUGGCCAGCAGACAAGCAGAACGGUACCGGCAUAGUCAGUCAACACAGCGAGUGUCAUGCCAAGGGAGGCGGGAUCUCCAGUUAUGCUGGCAACAAAGGAGGAGCAGCCAGUAGUCUUGAGGAAUGCAUGGAACAAGCCAUGCAGGAGAUCCCAAAGUCAAGACACAAACUCACCCCUUUGUAUCUCGGGGCCACAGCAGGCAUGAGACUACUGAAUAUUUCUAAACCCAAAGAGUCAGAUGAGGUUUUGAAGGAAGUGGCAGGCAAACUGAAGACCUACCCAUUCAGCUUCAAAGGGGCCACCAUCUUAAGUGGACAAGAAGAGGGAGCUUAUGGAUGGGUCACAGUCAACUACCUGCUUGAGAAUUACAUCAAAUAUGGUUUUGUGGGUCAAUGGCUGUCUCCAGGCAGAGACACGGUUGGUGCUCUAGACUUUGGUGGAGCUUCUACUCAGAUUACCUUUGAAACUAAACAGAUGGUGGAGAACAAGGACAAUCUGAUGAAACUGCGGCUGUACGGACGAGACUAUCAGAUUUACACUCAGAGCUUUCUGUGUUAUGGGAGAGACCAGGUGUUACUCAGACUGCUGGCACUUCUGAUGAAGACUCAGGGUUCAGACCGCUCCAUAGUUCACCCCUGCUAUCCUGCAGGUUACAGUGACUCCAUAAAGCUGAGCAGUGUGUUUGAUACUCCAUGCAAUAAAAGACAAACUCCGUAUAAACCUGAUGACGACCUGCAAAUCAAAGGCACAGGAAACUACGAUCAAUGCCUGGGAAACGUUUCUCGUCUCUUCUCUUUUAACAACUGUUCUUAUUCCAGAUGCUCUUUUGAUGGAGUCUUCCAGCCCAACAUUACUGGAAACUUUAUGGCAUUUUCUGCAUUUUUCUACACCCAUUCCUUUCUUCAGGAAGCAACAGGCAUCAGCAUCACGUCCCCAGAACAUUUAGAGGACGCUACCCAUGUUGUCUGCAACAUGAGCUUUCAGGAGAUCACAAAUAAAGUUCAGGGUCAGGAAAGCCGUUUGAAGGACUACUGCACAGUUUCUGCCUUUGUGCAGGUGCUCCUGGUCAAUGGAUAUGGCUUUGAUUUUUUCUCCUUCCCGCACAUCUCCUUCCAGAAGAAGGCGGGAGACACAUCUGUUGGCUGGUCCCUUGGCUUCAUGCUAAGCCUAAGUAACCUGCUGCCUGCUGAAGAUGUUUUACUGAGGAAAUCACUGCGCUCAGGCGCCUGGAGUGCUCUGAUCAUCCUCUUUUGCUUCCUUCUUAUUGUGGCGCUAUAUUUUUUGUUGCGAGCCAUCCGUAAGAAAGAUACUGAUAAUGUCAUUUAAUGAUGAUAGAGUUAUUUUGCUCCCUAUGUACAUUGUUAUGCACUGUCCUUAGCAGGAAUGCUUCUGUUUACAGUACAUUGAAAACAACACGGAUGCACAAAAGACUUUUUGUAUCACAUUUCAUCAAACCUAUCUCAUUUCAAUCACCAAUUUCUUAUCAAGCA